UGAGCGGCAAACAACACUGCAACCUGAUUGGUCAUCACACCAGCAACGAAUCGAUUCCUCGCCUGUCUGUCUAUCCACCCUGCACAGCAUCUGCUGCUCUUACCUGUUAGUGCGUAUGCGUGCGUGCGUACCGUAGCCAGCAAGUCCAACCACCACGCCCAACACUCGCCGACCCCUUGCAAUCAACAGCGGCUCCCGAACCACACAAAAACGCCUCGGCUGCCACAAAAUUCACCUCCUCCACCCUACGUUGAGGUAGAACCCAGUGCACCGCCAUACAUCUCACUAUCUACUGACGAGGAUCCAGAAGACCUGUUCAAAGAAAUCGGCAUGCCCUCUGUGUCUUUUGCCUCCGACCCUGCCAAUAGGGGAGGUGGGUCAGGAGGAGGAGGAGGAGGAGGAAACGGCGAUGGAGGAGGUGGAGGAGAGGAGGCCCAAUUACGAGUUCCUCAAAUACCUCAACUCGCUCGAGGCUUCUCUCUGGUACCUGAGCGGCUGGGUAGUAAGGGAAACAAUUCUAGCGGCGGAUCUAGUGGCAAUCCCUCCAAACAACGGCAAGGAAAUAAAGGCAUGUUUGGAUGCGAAGCUGCUAUCCGCAUUCUCGCCUACUUUGCAGUGCUUGUGACACUUCCUUUCUCUCUGGUGAUGUGUCUUAAGGUUAUUGCCCAAUACGAGCGCGCUGUAGUGUUUCGUUUGGGUCGCCUUGUCUCUGAGAUACCCAAGGGACCAGGUCUGGUGUUUAUUCUUCCCUGUUUGGAUAACGUCAAGACCAUAGAUUUGCGCACGUUCACAUUCAACGUGCCUACACAGGAAGUUCUCACCAAGGAUUCUGUGACAGUGGCAGUUGAUGCUGUUGUGUACUACAGAAUUUUUGAUCCAGUGAUGUCUGUGGUUAAUGUAGAGGAUGCAAAUCGUUCUACACGUCUUUUGGCCCAGACUACGCUGAGAAACGUUUUAGGUACCGUAGAUUUGUACCAACUACUGACGGCGCGAGAACAGAUUGCACAUUUGAUGCAGGAUUGUUUGGAUACUGCAACAGAAACAUGGGGUGUGAAAGUCGAACGCGUGGAUAUCAAAGAUGUCCGCCUGCCCAUCCAGCUUCAGCGCGCAAUGGCUGCUGAAGCCGAGGCAGCUCGAGAGGCCAAAGCUAAAGUUAUCGCGGCGGAAGGGGAACAGAGAGCCUCAGUUGCGUUGAAGGCAGCAGCCAUGGAGAUUGGCGAAUGCCCGAUUGCGCUGCAGUUGCGCUAUCUGCAAACCCUCUCCAGUAUUUCGGAUGAGAAGAACUCGACGAUUAUUUUCCCUCUUCCCAUAGAUCUUCUGAGUCUCUUCCACCAGGCUUAUUCCUCUAAUCUCUCCUCGACAGGCCAUCCACCAAGCGAAGGCACGCUUCAUAGCGAGGAUCUGCCACCACCGCCACCACAGAGAACCUCCGUAGUUCAUCAAAAGUCCACUGCAGAUGCUCUCGAGGAGGCACUGAUUUAA